AAAUGUCACGUGUUCAUUUUUUAUUUUUACAUUCGGAAAUUUUUUUUUUCUGUAACUGAUUAGAUAAAAUUCUAUAAAUUGUUUCUUAAUAUAAUAAUGAUUGAGAAAUCUGACCACGAUAAAUGUCAAGUAAAAGAACAAAGUGAGAUACCAACAUUUCAGCCAUCGCCUAUUUCUUCGGUAUCAAUUACAGUUAAUCAUGCUCGUGAUUUUUGGUCAAAAACUUUACGAUCUGCUCGUAAUAUUUUGGCGCCGAUGGUUGAUCAAUCCGAGUUGCCAUUCCGUUUGAUGGUUCGCCGUUAUAAUGUCCAUUGUACAUAUUCGCCGAUGUUACACUCUCGAUUAUUUCUCGAACAGCCUAAAUAUCAGCAGGAAUUCCUUCAGACUGAUCCAGAAUUUGAUCAUCCAUUUAUCAUUCAAUUCUGUGCAAAUGACCCUGAAAUAUUUCUUAAAGCAGCGAAAAUAGCUGAAUCCCAUUGUGAUGCUAUUGAUCUUAAUCUUGGCUGUCCCCAAACGAUAGCCAAACGAGGUCAUUAUGGUGCUUUUCUUCAAGAUGAAUGGUCGCUGAUCUACGAUAUAGUCAAUUUAGCUGUUCGAAAUCUAACAAAGCCAGUGACUUGUAAGAUACGUGUUUUUGAUGAUGUGGAAAAGACGAUCAAAUAUGCUAAAAUGAUUGAAAGUGCCGGUGCAUCAUUGAUCACCGUUCAUGGCAGACUAAGGGAACAAAAAGGUUCGAAAACUGGUCUGGCCGAUUGGACAAAAAUUCGUUUAGUCAAAGAGAACCUUCGUAUUCCUGUAUUUGCAAAUGGAAAUAUUCAAUCCAAAAUCGAAGUAGAUAAAUGUUUCGAUGAGACCAUUGUUGAUGGUGUAAUGUCAGCCGAAGGACUAUUGUACAAUCCAGCAUUGUUCACUGGUAAACCGUUGGCAGUUUGGGAUGCAGCCUAUGAAUAUGUGGAACAAUAUCGCAAACAUACAUCUUCGUUUUCAUCUAUUCGUGGACAUAUAUUCAAAUUUUUUCAUCAUUGUUUCACAUUAGAAGAACAUUUGGAAUUGCGAAAUAUUGUUGGCAAAACUCAUUCGAUUGAGGAUUUCGUCAAAGUAGCCGAUCAGCUCAAGAAAAGAUAUCAUGUUGAAUAUGAGAAAUUUAUUGCUGAUGAUCAACAUACAAAAGAACAUCCGAAAAAUUGGCCUGUCUUCAUCUGUAAACCAUACUAUCGACCAUUAGAAACCAAAGUCAUUGACAAUACGAACGAAUCGGUCGUCGAAGAACCUGUAAAGAAAAAGAUUAAAAAAGAGAAAAAACCAAAAGGACCAAAACCACCGAAAAUAUUGCCUGAACUGUGUUCACAAUGUUCACAUCCACGUGGAUUAAAAUGUGAUUUUGGAUAUUGUCGGAUUUGUUGUCGACAAAAAUCCUAUUCUGAAAAAGUUGAUUGUCAAGGACAUGGAUUUCGAUCCAAACUGCUCAAAACUAAAUUUUUAGAUUGAAUUUUUCUUGGCUUGCUUAGGUGGCUGUUUCCCAAAAAACAUAUCGAGUCCUAAACCCGAAAAAACUAACGCCGUACCUAGCCAUUGUUGCCCGGUCAAUGAAUUUCCAAAUAAAAGUACGGAGAAUAGGACGGUAAAAAA